CCCCUCCAAGCUUUGCUAACAAACUCAUGUUUAUAUAAAUCUCAUGGAAAGAAACCCAAUAUUCGCAGCAGAGAAACCUCAAUUCGACAAAAAAAUGAAUCCUCUCUGGGAAAUGAAGUCGAUGGCGGGGAACGUCUUCUCCGCCUACGCCUCGGUGGCGACGUCGGUGAUGCUGCUCCGAUCCCUCGCAAACGACAUCGUUCCGGAGCCGGUGAAGUCCUUCUUCUACGAGGCGUUCAGUCGUUUCUUCAAACACCUGGUGGACAGACUCCUCGGGAGGAAGCCGUCGCAGAUGACGAUGGUGGUGGACGAGCAGACCGGCAUCGCGCGCAACCAAAUCUACGACGCCGCCGAGGUCUACCUCCGCACGCGGAUCAACCCCGACGCCGAGCGCCUCAAGGUCAACAAAUCGCCUAAGCAGAAGAGCAUCACGCUCAGCAUGGUCAAGGACCAGGCCGUCGAGGACGAAUUCCACGGCGUCGAUCUCCAAUGGCAGUUCGUCCUCGUCGAGGCGGACGGCCAGAAAGGCGAUUUCCAGCCGGAGAAGCGCUGGUUCGAGCUCACUUUUGAGAAAUCGAAGAAGAAUGUCGUUGUGGAUGAGUAUCUCCCCUUUGUUCUCGCCAAGGCGCAGGAAAUUAGGGACGACGACAGGGAGGUGAAGCUAUUUACUCGCGAUUGCCCCUUCGAUGACGACGACGACGGCUGGAACGGCGGCGGCGGAUAUUGGGGAUGCGUUAACCUAGAUCAUCCGGCGACGUUUGAGAAGCUGGCGAUGGAUCCAAUUUUGAAGCAAUCGGUGAUGGAUGAUUUGGAUAGGUUUGUGAGGAGGAAGGAUUAUUAUAAGAAAGUCGGAAAAGCGUGGAAAAGGGGAUACCUCUUGUACGGACCGCCGGGAACUGGGAAAUCGAGCUUGGUCGCCGCCAUGGCUAAUUAUUUGAAGUUCAAUGUUUAUGAUUUGGAGCUCAGCAAUCUCUACUCCAAUUCCGAAUUGAGGCGAAUGCUGCUCUGCACCAAUAGCCGCUCAAUCAUCGUGAUCGAGGACAUCGAUUGCAGCGUGCAGUUCCACGAUAGGGACGGGGACAAGGAAGGGGAGGCCGACAGCAACGAACAGUCCAACACGAAGUUGACGUUGUCGGGGCUAUUGAAUUUUAUAGAUGGAUUGUGGUCGACAUGUGGAGACGAGAGGAUAAUCAUCUUCACGACCAACCACAGGGAGAAACUGGACCCGGCCUUGUUGAGGCCGGGCAGAAUGGAUAUGCAUAUCCACAUGGGGUACUGCACGCCAGCGGGAUUUGAUGUGUUGGCACUCAAUUAUUUGGAUAUCAAUGAUCACCCGGUGUAUUUCCCGGUGAUCAAAGAAAUGAUUGAACAAUUCGAGAUCACUCCGGCCGAGAUUGCCGAGCACUUGAUGAGGAGCGAGGAUGUCGAGCUUGCUCUUCAAGGAGUGGUUGAUUUGCUCAAGGAGAAGAAGGCAAAACAAGAAGAGUUAAAUAUGGUGGAGAGUGAUGCUAAGGAAAUGAAAUUAGGUAAAAAUGUGGUUAAGAGUGGUAAGGAGAAGGGGAAAAAAGGGAAUUUCUGGAAAUCUGUGAUCAAAUUUCCGAGACAACAAGGGAAAGAAAAUAACAAGUGAAAACUUGAUGAUGAUAUAAAAAUUAGUAUCCCAUUUUCAAUCAUUCAUUUCUACUCGAAGAAAAUUAUGUACAUUCUGAAAGCCACGGCCAAUUAAUGAGUUUGAGGAUAUUUAUGUUA